AUGGUACUCGCGCUCCCCCCCUCCGUACGUGCGAGUGCCGCUGCGUACGUCGAGAAGCUCUCCCCGCGCCUCCACGACCUGAUCCUGGACCUGCGGACGACAGCGGUAGGGUUGAGUUCUGCGUUGUCAGCGCACAUUGCUCACUGGGCACCGUUUCUCCAAACCCCGCCUUCUAACGACGCCCCCUUCUCCGUCAUCCUCGCUGCUACUGUUCUUCUUGGGAUCAUUAUAGUCAUAAUAGUGAUGGCAGCCUGGCGACGUUCCAGUGGGUGGAGGGACAUCUACUCGCCCACAGGUGGGUUUACGUUUAGGGCUCCUGAGAUCAGAGACAGCGAUUUCAGCUAUAUGGGACCCGAGGACUACCAGCGCGAUCCUCGCUUAUUUGACCCACGGACGUCCACCGAUUUUUACGACGAUGAUGUGCAUGCGCCAGAUGUUCUCAUUCUUAACCACCUCGAUACGCUCUAUUUACUGCAGUUUCCGGCAUUUGCAAUCAGUGAUGACAUCCUGACUGUGGGCGACAUACGGCGGGUUGCAGGCAGCGUAUUGGGUGCUAGUGACUUAAAGGACCUGUCGUUAAUUUAUAAAUAUACACCUAUUCCCGAUGAUUCGGCGUCUGCAAAAAGUGUUGGACUGAAACAAAAUUCAACCGUGUAUGCUGUGCUUGAGAGCGCCCCGAGCUCUGAAAACGCCCUCGAACUCCUACGAGCGCGAGAAGAGCCUGGCCAGGAUGCUAGCCCCCCGGAUAUGAUACGGACACAUUCAAGACGAGUAGGCUACCGCCACGACGAUGACCGGGGUCCAACUACGGGAACACGCUUAGGUCGAACACCGUACCGCCGUGCUGAGGAUGGCCCUAGUUUCUCAGAUUCACGGCCAAGGCAAAAGAGUUCCUGCCGCCACGAACGAGAAUCAAGAUCACGUAUGAGACAGCGCUCCAGGCAGCGAACUCCUUGUCGCCACGAUGACAACGACUUCCUCCAGCCCCCCGGGCUACGCUCGAGACGAAAGAGUCCGUCCCGGACCCGCGGCGAUGAAAUCGAAUCCGGCACGCGUGUAGGAAGACGGCCAAGAAGUCCGUUCGGUGAAGGUCGCCGCCCUCGUCGUAGCGAUGAAUCAACCUCUCGUGUGAGAACUCGUCCAGAGUGGCCUGCCCCCCGAGAUGACUACCGUCGUGGCGAACGCACACCAACUUCACCUCUCGACCCGCGGAAUAGGAAGAGAAGCCCCCCUCCAACCACCAGGUACUCGCCAAAAGACUCUGAGCCACCGACUUCAUGGCCCAGGCCGCCGACGCCGCCUCGACGUGCCAGAUCCCCAUCUCCUGCAGCGUCCCCCAUUCGCCUACCACCCGAGAAGAAACCACAGGCCCCCCCGCCAGCACCUACUCCAUCUCUUCCUCCCUAUGUACCAUCUACCCGGAUGCCAACCCCACCUCCACCGGCGGUUGCAUCCCAGUCACCGAAUGACAGGUUGACUGUGCUUGAGCAGUAUACCGAGAACACCAUCGUUGCCCUCAUCGUCUUAUUCGAGGAGCGGACGCCUCAGGAUAAACGAAUCCGAGACCUCGAGUACAGGCGUCUCGUAGCGACCUGCGAUAAGAUGCUGGAGGAUCUUGACAGGGUUGAGCCGGACAACGCGGCUACUCGAACGCGGAGAAAGGCUCUCGUCAAGAAGUUACAAGGCUGCAUCGGGCGCGUCGAAGCGGUCAAUAGGCGGUAUUAA